AUGUUUCUUCAAGAUGUUGUAGUUAUUUGGCUCGAUGGCACAUUUGUAGGAGAUAACUAUCGAUCAAUGAAAGAUGAUUUUAACCAAAAACUUGGUUCGACAACUUCAUCAUCAUCUUCUGAUGAAAUUGAUUGUUUGAUUUGCAAGGAAACAAAAGAAGAUCUUGUUAUAAAUGGAGCUCCAGUUAUUACUGUUUCAAAAUCAGAUGAAGCAAUGCAGCAGAUUGAAACUCAUUCUAAAGCAAAAAUUUUCUUCAUUUCAUCUGGGAGAUUAGGCAAAGAUAUGGUACCAACAAUCGUACGUCAAUAUCCUCUUAUUCAUUCGUUUUAUAUUUUUUGUUUUGACACGGCUACUCAUGCUAAUUGGGCAUUAGACUAUACUGAUUGUCUUAAAAUGUUCGAUCAUCCAAUUGAUUUAUUAGUUCGACUUAUGCGUGAUAUUUCGACUUACUUUAUUGAACAAGGAAAAUUAUAUUUGGAAAUCAAUGAUCCAAAUAACGCAUUAAAAUAUUUUAAAUAUGCUUGGAAUCUUGAAACACGAGCAAAUCAAAAAGAUAAGGUGCCACCAAAUACAAAAAGCAAAGAAAAACCUACCGUACAACCAGAUUGUCGCACUCGUCUCAAUUUAUUGGAAGGCGAAAAUGGACUCAUUCGUCAAGCUGAAAAGGCUUUAGGCAAAUAA